GCAGUCGAUUGAGAGAGCGAAGACUGACUCCACGUUCCAUGCUCAUUCUUCCCAUCCAAAGACCCAGGAAGACUCGCAGUGACUCCCAUGCCGAUCUCUCACUCUUUGUCAUGCACCUAAUACAGAACGAGCGAAUCGCCAGAGAUGGCCGACCUGAACAUCAAAGUUGGCCAUACAAUAGUGACCCAUGAUGGAAGAGAAGGCGUGGUUCGAUACAUCGGACCAUUGCAAAUCGCGGCUGGAGAGUGGUUAGGGCUCGAACUUGCAGAUGGUAGUGGCAAGAACGAUGGCUCCGUCAAAGGCCAACGAUACUUCGAUUGCCCUCCUGGGCAUGGUAUCUUCGUGCGCAAGGAGUCGGCAGCCAAAGUUUCCAAGCCAAGUUCUCAAGAUGCCAAAGUUAACGGGGCGCCUGCCUCCACUAAACCCGUCACAAAACCGAGGCCUUCCUCUGGGGUAACAGCGGAUGUUGCGAGGAAAAGGCAGAGUUUCAUGAGUACGGGUUCAGGGACUGUUCCUGGUUCACGGCUGUCACUAAGGUCUCCCACCAAGUCACCGACGAAACCCGCUCCCUCCUCUGCAAGCUCUACAGGCUCUACACCACGAACGAAUACCCCAGCUACUACCGCACGAACGUCCGAUUCUAGCACCAAGUCCAGGCUCAGCGUGGCUGGCCGGUCUUCAAUGGGUCCACCAAGCUCGGCCGCGCGCCCUGGUGCAAGCGCGACAAGGCAAUCAAUGACUGGCAGCGGCCCCAAACCAGUCACAGGGAGGCCAACUUCAACACAGUCGCGGCAGUCUUUGGCGGGCUCUAGAAUGUCCAUGACACCCAGACGUCCGCUCCAGUCAGGGAAGCCAGGCUCUCCUCCAGAUGUUCCAGAUGUUCUGACUGAAGAAGCAUCACCUGCAUCAGUAGGAGAUGCUCCAGUCCCACUGGGCACUCAUGACGCGGAUACACAUAAUGCAACGGCACAAUCCGAACCUCAUGCCAUGGAGUCAGAUUCCGUCCCUCCGAGGCAGCGCUCCAUUUCAUCCUCGAGCAACAACGCUUCAACUGUUGCUCAUGAGGACAAAUCGAGACACGCGCAGAUCAUUAAGACCCUGGAGAUGAAACUCAGAGCUUUACAAACUCAACGACAGGAGGAUCAAGCUAGAAUUCAAAAUGUUCAAGAGUUGCAAAGCAAGAACACAAGAUAUGAGGGGAUUAUUCAAGCCCUACAAAAGAAACUCAAAACAAAUCAACAAGAAAUGGCGGACCUCAAAGCCAAAUACGAUGAUGCCGAAAACCGGGCAAGCAUAGUCCCGGAUCGUAGUGCUGAGCAUGAGUCGGAAUUGGAAUUAGCAACCCUGGAUAAGGAGAUGGCAGAAGAGCGAGCCGAGAUGUAUGAAGCGGAAUUGGAGGCGCUAAAGCUGAAGCACGAAGAGCUGGAGCUUGAGGCCGAGAUUCUAAAAGAAGAGAAUCGUGAGCUUACAUCAAUCAUGGGUCCGGAAGAAAAAGCUAGCGCUGGUUGGCCUCAGAUGGAACGUGAGACGGAAAGACUACGCCAGGCAUUGGUCAUGCUGCGUGACAUGUCCCAGCAGAACGAGGCUGACCUGAAAAAUGAGAUCAAAGAGCUCCGAGAGACACUUGACGAGCUUGAAGACUCGGCUUCCAAAUACGAAGAGGUUGCUGCUAAGCUUAACAAGUCUGAGGAAACAAAUCAGCAUCUGAAGGAACAGCUCGAGGCAGCAGAAGCCAACGACGAUAUCCUCGAAGCCAUGGAAACAGAACGAGAUCACAACCGAAGUCAAUUAGAGAUAUUGAAGAGGCAAAUACAAGAUCUGGAAGAGCACAUCCAAGUGACCGAUGAACUCGAAGCUUUUCACGUCGACGAAGAAAAACGCCUGCAUUACCAACUUGACGAGAGCGAAGCACUUCUUAGCGACACCCAGCGGUAUAGUGCCGAGCAGCAGAAAAUCAUCGAAGACUUGGAAUACACCUUGACCAAGUUCCGGGAUGUGGUGCAGGGACUCCAAAGUGAUAUCGAUGACCUUCGCCGUACCCGAGACAUAAGCGAACACGAGGCUAGUGAGAUGAGCAGCAAAUCAAGGGCAAUGAUGGACCUCAAUUUGAGACUGCAGACUUCGGCCGCGAAAACGCAGCUCAAAGCAAUAGACCUCGAACUUGGCAGGAUGCGGGCUGAGCAAGCGAGUUCACAUCUGGAAAUUGUGCAAGACUUUGUCCCAGAAACUUUCGACGUUGACAAACGACCGAUACUGGCCUUUUUAUGCUUCAAGAGGAUUAAGGCGAAGGCACAAAUCAGCAAGACUGUUCUCGCAGAUAGGAUACGGGAACGGCCGGACCAGCUCCAGGACAACACCAUACCAACGUUUGCGCCCAUUGAGACAAUGGCAUUGAUAGGAAAUCUCUGCGACAGGUUUGUUGAGCAUCUCUCAAGCUGCGCCUUGGAUGAUUUCACCAGGUACAGUGGUGCAACAUUCGAACUCGAGCCUGUGGAACAUGCCGUCACUGCGUGGGUGGAGGCUUUACGCCGGGACGAGUUUGCUCCUGAAGGACAUGAACAUCUUCAGCGCAUGGCCGGGAUACUUGUCGACAUGAGCGAGAAGCUGUUAUCCGAGAGUCGCGAAACCAAAGCAAUGGAAUUGCUUGCAGACAUCUCAAUGAUUUUAACUUACGCCGACAUCAUUGGGAGCCAAGCACAGAUCGUUGGCAGGACGGUACAAGCUAAGCUAGGUCCAGGGAGAGAAGGCGAUGAAGAUGCGAUGGUCUUCGGAAAAAAGAUGGACCAGCUUGGUAUCAGGGCGCGUACUGUGAAGCACGUGUCAAGCAAACUUCAUCAUGUCCUCGACGAUCUUCGAGGCCGCUCCAUGUGCCUCGGAGAAUCGACCUGGCGCUCUUUCGCAGAUGCUGAGGUUGCUGGUCAGUCAGUGUCGAAGCUGAUGCGUCGUAUCGGCACAGCGGUCAUGCAAGAGCUUAACAAGAUUGAACAGGGCGAAGAAGCAAUAUCGUACGCGCAUUUGCUUGAUGCUAUGACAGCAGCUACAGGGUCAAGCCCCUAUGAUGCGGAUGCCCAAGAGAUUCCCCCGGACGACGCAUUCGAUAUCUUGAUGAAACAAUUAUCUGGUCUCCAAGCCACGAUCGACGACUUGCACAUGAAAUCUGCGGACCUCUCGCUGGCGAUCGAAUACGAAAGGGGUCCUGCGCCAUGGUCCGUCCGUGCUAAGGAAGUCCGGGCACAAAAUGUAUUGUCGCUCGAUCUACAGGAAGAACUGGCACAGUUGAAAUCGAGAGUCCAUGAGCAGACAAUCAGAAUGAGUGAGAAGGACCGGCAGCUUGAGGAGCAACAGGUCAAGGUCGAAGUACUUGAGUCUCGUGCCAAAGAAACGAAGGUGAAGGAUGAUGGCGUCAAAGCAAUGAAAGAGGAGAUCGAGACCUUACACGCGGAGAAAGCAGCAGCUCUCGAGAAUCUGGAACGACUUGAAGGAGAAUAUAGCGCGAUCCGCAAGUCAAGUGAAACUCAGAAGGUAGAGCUGGAUGCUAUAAAACAGAGCAACACUUCCAACGGUCCAUUGCCGACGGGUAUACCGGAUGAGACGACUUCUCUACGGCUCAGGGCUGCAUCGGAACUGCUGAAGGUGGAAAUUUCGAGUUUGCAGGCUGCCAUUCGCUUCCUGAAGGCCGAGAACACACAGCUUCGGGUGCCUCUGGGCAAAAUCGGCCGUGACGCCAGUGAUCAUGCGUGGCUCGCUCCCAACCAUCUUGAGGUCAUGCCCAGGGGAGAGAAAGAGGCGCAACUUCGAGCAGAAUCGAACAAGAUUUUCACAAGCCUUAUAGACCUGGCCAAAGCGUCGAGGCCCAUCAGAAUCAGGCCACAAUCUACAUUCAAGCAAGGUAAAGACAUUACCACGACUCCACGGCAAAUUGAAUCGACCACGACGUUGUACCAAGUGCUUCAGCAGAAGGAAGAGCUGGAACGUUGGAACGAAGUUAAAGACGACCUGGUACAGCGGGCAAAGAUCAUGCUGCGGCCGACGACUCAGCGCAGACGUAUGGAGUCAAACGACAACGCGGCCAGAAACCUUUUACCCGCUACAAAGCUUCCAUUCAACGACGCAAGCAUUCCAACGGCUUUUGAUGGUAUUCACAUUGUUCAUGCUUGACAUCAUUGAUCGAAUAAUUGGACCUGUCUGGAGUCGAGAUACCCUCUUGUUUUGGAUACCCCAUGGACAGAAUCAAACCCCAGGAAGAUGUACAGGCGGAUUGGUGGCGCAUGUUACGCCAGAAUCCAGCCUCAGUCCGUAUUGCGAAGAUUUCCCUUAUUAUGAAAUGUAAAAUGGAACAAACUUUUCCCAUUGCCAGGAGCGAUGGAGAUGAGUAAAUCUUAUAAUCAAUAAAACACAGUGUUCGAUGUUUGGGUCCGG